AUGUCUGGUGGGACUUAUAGUUACAUGUGUUUGGCACUGGAAGGACAAUCAGCUGUCCUUCUGUCUUCCUGUAGCACUGUCUCAGCCUCUGUGCCAUUUUCUUCCUAUUCAGGUAUUGGUGUCAUUAGCAUCGAGAGGGCUUAUCCACUCACGCUGGGCUCCAACAUUGGCACGACAACCACUGCUAUUCUAGCUGCUUUAGCCAGUCCAGGAGAGACACUGGCUAACUCACUACAGAUUUCUCUCUGUCACUUCUUUUUCAACAUCUGUGGUAUCUUACUGUGGUAUCCCAUCCCCUUCACGCGAGUCCCUAUCCGAUUGGCUAAAGCUCUGGGCAACCGCACGGCCAAGUACCGCUGGUUCGCAGCGCUGUAUCUCUUCCUGUGCUUUCUGCUCUUCCCACUGUCAGUCCUAGGCCUCUCCAUCGCGGGGUGGCAGGUCUUGGUGGGGGUUGGAGUGCCCCUGUUGGUCUUUGCGAUCAUUGUGGUCAUAGUGAACAUCAUGCAGAAACGCUGCCCGCGUUUCCUGCCCUCAUUCCUCCGCAGCUGGGACUUCCUGCCCAAACCGCUGCAUUCCUUCAAACCCUGGGACAGAGUGGUUACCGCCAGCAUGACCUUCUGCAGGACUCGCUGCUGCUGCUGCUGCAAGUGUUGCAAAGAAAAAGAGGAUAAAGAGACGGAUGACAUGAAAACCAAGGAUAGAAGUUUAGAGAUGUAUGACAAUCCAGCGCUCACUAUAGAGGAUGAGGUCAAAAUAACAGCAACACAUUUAUAAUGCUUAACGGACCCUUUUUAUGUACAUCAUUGUUUAUAAUGUAACAUGUUCUGAUCAUUACAGGGUGAAGCAACAUGAGUCAUGCAAGAUUUCUGAGCUAGUAAUAAAGCACUGGAUGCAAUAUAAGCGAAAGCUGCUAGUAAUGUUUAGCUAUAAUGAUCCGUUCACCUCGUGUUAAAAUGUAGUUGACUCUACUUAAUUCUACUUGAAGCUUUUCAUGUUUUCGGACUCUAUUUGGUCUGAAAUAGUUUGUUUUUAUGGCAGUGCUCAGAAUAGCAAAUUAGAACCAAGUGCCACUUUGUUGAUGACCGCAACAUAUUUAAGGACUACUUUAUUAAACUAUAUGCUUUUGCAAAAUGUUUAAAGAACCUUUGAAACUAACGUCCCUGAAAUAUAUCAGCACAAGAAAAAAUAUUGCACUUGCCAAGCCAUUAGCGAGGUCUUUCAGAACAAUGCAUCAGGUACACUGACUGUAAUGAAAUGACACCAUGGUGCAGAAGUUGCUACCUAAACUAUCUUUAACUGUUGAUGCCGCUGCUAUUGUGGUUCUUUGUACGUGAUGUACCAGAUCUUUCAAUAAAUUCUGUAUAGAGAAUUUGUAUAACAUUUUUAGUAUUUUGUCUAAAAAUGUUAAAAUGGAGGUAAGCAUGCCCAUGGGGGAAAAAAAAAAAUGCAGACUCUUGUCAGUAAUUUUGCACAUUAUGUGGAACUAUGUAAAGAUGCAUUUGUUUUUAGAUAUUUAUAAACAACAAAUUUGAGGGUUUUUUUAAUGUCUGAUUUGUUACUGUUGCAUUUUGUAAAUUUCAUGAAGAUUUUUAGACUUCAAAUAUUUCUUUACUCCGAUGUAAGAUAUUGUCUUUAAAUAAAUAUUAAAAACAUGAGAACACUG